AUGGCUCUACUUACAGCUCCACUGGGAAGAUCUACUUUACUGCUACUCUUGGCUUUCUCACUGAAGAAGACAUUUGCAGCGAGGAUCAUUGGGGGUCAGGAGGUCCGGCCUUACUCUAUCAAAUAUCAGGCAUCCCUUCAGUCCGAGACUGGUCAACACUACUGUGGAGGAACCCUGGUGCACCCUCAGUGGGUGGUGUCUGCUGCCCACUGCUGGAGACCGAGCACUCUGAUGAGGGUGGUGUUAAGUGAACACAGUCUGGCCACAAAAGAAGGAUUUGAACAGGCCUUUAAUGUCUCAAAGAUAUAUGUGCAUAACUUUAGCUACAAGACUUUCAACAAUGACAUCAUGCUCAUCAAGCUGAGCAGGCCGGCACAGCUGAAUGCCAACGUCCAGCCAGCCGAGCUGCCUGACAACAACACCCCUCCACUUCGUGAUGACGUCUGCACAGUGAGCGGCUGGGGUGUGACACAGAUUUACAGUUACUACCUCUCCCCUGUGUUACGGGCAGUGGAUGUGAGACUUAUACCUUACUGCACCUAUUACUACUGGGGCAGGAUCACUUCAAACAUGCUGUGUGCUGGAUCUCGGAUGGGUGGCAAAGAUUCCUGCCAGGGUGACUCAGGUGGUCCCCUUAUCUGCAACGGUAGGUUUGAGGGAAUUGUCUCCUGGGGUAUCAGCUGCGCCAACCCAUACUUCCCUGGAGUCUACACCAAAGUGAGCAACUAUGUCAAAUGGAUCAACUGGAUUAUUGGCAAAGACACACCAUGA